GCUCACAUUGGUCACCUUCUCUACGCAUUUCAUCCUGUAGCACUGCGUGCGCUUUACGAAAUAAAGGCGUUUCUGCAAGAUGCCUAGCAGGAUGACAACAGCUGGAUGUGUCUCCCUUUGUGCUAGGCGUGUGCGGCUUGCGCCGAGAAUCUUCCUCUCUCGAGGCAUAGCCGACAAAAGCGCAUCUCUGCGACGAUCAAAGAGACGCGAUGAAAAGCAGAAACUUCUUGAACUAAGUACUUAUUUACAGCAGCCACAUACUGAGCCAGUGCCAGAGCUUGUCAGAGGACGUCAAAUCACUACCACUUUCGAGACUUUCAAACUCAUCUUUCGAUUCGUCAUGAACAUGCAAUGCCGUAAUUUUGCAACAUCGUCCCAGACAUACCUCAUCACGAUUUAGUCAUCCCCUUUCUCCCACUCUCUCCUCGUUAUCGACACGGUCAUAUGAGAACACAGGUCGGAGUACUAGGCUCAACCACGACCUCCACUGUUGGUGUUAGUCAUUAACUCAGCGUCCUUGGGGUAAAAAAGAACUCGUUUUGAUCACUAGUAAGCUGCACACACAUAACUUGGCAACCCACAGGAGGAUCAUGAGUUUUGUUUCUUGAAAUAAGAAUGCACAGAUCGCGUGUUGACAUUCUCAAUCAGUGGCAUCAUUCAGAAGAGCGUACGGCCGGGAGCGAUGUCGGUUGUCGAAGCAAUCGACGGUUCCUGGUACCGGACGCAACGAAUCAUAGCAUUUCGUUGUUGGGUUAGAGGUAAUAAUUUUCCACAAGCAUAAUAUCUGACAAGGCCCUCGCGUAUUUUCCAUUUGUUCUUAUUCUUUUUUAUCUUGUCCUCUUCAGGACACGACGCGACUUAUCGACGGGAGGUGCGUUUGCUAAUGCGAGUAAGUAGGUACCUAAAGUGCACCAUAUCCAUAGGUUCAUUGGACAGAGUCGAUGGGUGUACUUAGCUUUAAUGCUGUAAAUAUUGUUGUAUCUUCCUGAGACAUAAAACAAAAAAAUCAAAAUGUAAAAAUUUGAACCACCACUAGUUGUAAGGAACAAGAUGGUAGCCAUAAAUAGCAAUUGAUGUAUGAACAACAUUGAUUGUUAUUUGACAUUUUUUUUUUUUCUAAAGCCGGGUGCAUUAUGGGUAUAAGAGCUCUGACGUUCUAAUGUUUUGUUUUCCUGUACCAGUUGCACUGGCAUGUUGAUAUUCCUUGCUUGAAGAUCCCAGCUUGACGUCUUUCUCUCUCUCUCUUCUUGACUUUUCUAAUUUUGACGCGAUGCCUCCAGGACUCUUGUUCUAACAAGACAAGAGGCGCGAGAUUAGGAUUACCUGAGCGGUGUGAUCAUGUACUUCCGUGCUACGACUUAUUUGAUCAGCAACCGGUCAUCGAGACAGGGCAUCCAAAACAGACAACACGCUCGUCUGGAAGACUGGCAACAGCUUCCAGGGUCGCCCUCCGAGAUGCAAACUUCCUCCGGGUUUCUACUAGUUCUCUGUAUCUAUACUAGACUUCAGCGCCCGUUAGCUCUCCCUCCACUAGAAUCCUCCACCUCCUUCGAGCGUUUCCUUCGCCACGACGCGCCUCCCCCGCUCCUCUUCCGCCAGCUCGCGACGCUUUCCUGGCGAAGUGGUCCGCGCCAGAGGAGUCGGAACAGAGGCGCCACGGAAUUUAACAGAGGAGGCCGCUUCUGUCUCUGAGGUUUUUGAGAUGUCUCAAGGUUUGCCUGCUUUUGAAUUUAGUGCAAGGCUCUGGAUUGGGAGCCCUAAGUGUGAAGCUUCGCGCGUAAGUCAGUCUCGGAGGUGGAGACUUGGGGCGAGAUUGGUGGAAGCUUUUGGCUUGCAGCUUGAAGCUCGCGGCCGCUUUCAGUGUGAAGAUUUGAGCUUCAGCAAAGCUCGAGGCGUAGGGCUUCGGGCUUGGCGCUUUGAUUUUGAAGCUUUGGACCCGAGCGAAGUGCUGGGCUUGAAGGGUUUGGCAUGAAGUCUUGGAUCUGAGAUCUUGUGUCUGAAGUUUUGGACUUAAGAUCUUGGAUUCGAGGCUUUGGGUUGGAAGUGUUGAGCUUCAAGCGCUUGGUGUGAAGGCUUGGCUUUGAAAUUUUGGGCUUAAAGCCUUGGACGCGAAAUUUUGGGCUUGAAGUUUGGGGCUUGAGGCAUUGAGCCUGAGGCUUUGGGCUGGGGUUUUUGGAUUUGGGGUCUUGAUCUUGAAAAAUUUGAGAAGUUUGAAAUUUAAUUUUGGUUGACAAAGUCAGCACUGUGCGGCUUUUGCGCUCUGGGAUUGAAUUCGCUGGAUUUGGGACUCAAAUCCCCAAACUUUUGAUUUUAAACAGUUUCGCUGUUCCUCAACUUCCUGGCUUCGAAUUUCUCAAAUUUCGAAGCUUUCCGCGCUAUUUUGUCGCUUUGGGAUUGAAUUCGCUGGGUUUGAAUUUCUCAAAUCCCAAAGCUUUUGACUUUCGGCAUUUUUCUGAAAUUCAACCUCUUGGCUUCGAAUUUCUCAAAUUUCGAAGCUUUCCGCGUUAAUUUGUUGCUCUCUUUGGGACGGCUUAAAUUCGCUGGAUUUGAAUUUCUCCAAUCCCAAAGCUUUCAACUUUAGGCAGUUUCCCUGAGGUUCAACUUCUUGGCUUCGAAUUUCUCAAAUUUCGAAGCUUUUCGCGCUAUUUUGUCGCUUUGGGAUUGAUUUCGCUGUAUUCGAAUUCGGCAAAUUCCGAAAUUUUUGACUUUAGGCAGCUUUUCUGAAAUUCAAUUUCUUGGGUUUGAAUUUCUCAAAUUUCGAAGCUCUCUGCGUUAUUCUGUCGCGUUGGGAUUAAAUUCGCUGGAUUUGAACUACUCAAAUCCCAAAAUUUUUGAUUUUAAGCAUUUUUUCUGAGGUUCCAUUUCCUGGAUCGUGAGUUCAUGAGUUCAUGAGUUUGCUCGUGAGUUCAUGGGCUCGUGAGUAGUUCGGGAGUUCGUGAGUUCCUGCGUUCGUGGGUUCAUGGGUUCAUGGGUUUUUUGGUUUUUGUGUCGGAGGUUCAGGGUUUGGGUGUUGAGGUUUCGGAGGGGAAGCGUUUGCUGAAUUUUGUUGCUCUUAAUAUUCAUAUAACACGUGAUAGAAG